CGAGCGGAGCCGAAGGGAGCCGAGCGGAGCCGAGCCCGAGCCGAACGGGCCGCCCGGUGCGCCGCUGAACGGGGUCCGGGCCGCUUCCGGGCCGUGGUGAGGCGCCAUGGUGGGCGCUGGCGGCGGGGUGCCGCUGGAGAAUGCCAACCCCCUGGUGUACCGGCGGUCGGGAGAGCGGCCCGUGACGGCGCGGGAGGAGGACGACGACCUGGCGGACACCAUCGACGACCGGGAGAUCUUCGAUCUCAUCCGCUCCAUCAACGACCCCGAGCACCCCCUGACCCUGGAGGAGCUGAACGUGGUGGAGCAGGUGCGGGUGAAGGUGAAUGAUGCAGAGAGCACGGUGGCAGUGGAGUUCACUCCUACCAUUCCUCACUGCAGCAUGGCCACGCUCAUCGGCCUCUCCAUAAAGGUAAAAUUGAUCCGAUCGCUGCCAGAGAGGUUUAAGCUGGAUGUUCAUAUAACACCAGGAACACACGCCUCCGAGCAUGCAGUUAAUAAACAGCUUGCUGAUAAAGAACGGGUAGCAGCUGCUUUGGAGAACUCUCACUUACUGGAAGUGGUGAAUCAGUGUUUGUCUGCUCGAUCGUAAUCGCCUGAUGAGGAAAUCAUUGGUAUCCUGCUGCAUUAACCUAAUUUUGUAUAUAAGUGGUGAUGAUAGUGUUACUCUAGACGUGUAUCUAUGAGCAAAAUAAAACCAUGUGGAUUUUCUUAGAGAAAUGUUUC